UUUAGGUUCCCCCCCCCCCUGCCCGGUACCGGGCGUUCCGGCCGCCAUGGCCGCGGCGGGAGGAGGCGGCGGGGCCGGGCCGGGCAGGGCCCUGCAGGCCGCCAUGAGGGCGGCGAGCGGGGCGCUGGAGAUGGACAGCGGGGGGAGGCCGGGGGAGGCCUACGUGGAGUACCUGAAGAGCAUCGCCCUCAUCUCGCAGGCCCUGCAGGACGAAGCACUCACAGCUGGGGGCGAGGGGCUCGGCCCCGACACGCCGAAGAUGCUGAAGCUGGCGGAGCAGUGCCUGGAGAGGGUCAAGUCCCUGGCGGCCGCGCUGGGCAAAGGCAAGGCGAAAGCGGCCCCGCAGGAGCGCGGCGGGGGGCCCGCUCCCGUCUCCAGGCACCGCAGGGUCUUCUCGGAUGAAGGGGGGAAGCUCUCGCCCUUCCUGCCCCCGGAGAUCUUCCAGAAGCUGCAGAUCGCCGAGGCGCAGGCAGCCCGCAAGGAGCUGACCCCGCUGGAGGAGGCAUCGCUGCAGAACCAGAAGCUGAAGGCUGCCUACGAGGCGCGGGUGGCGCGGCUCAACCCCAGCCAGGCCGUGCAGAAAACCUCGCUGACGCUGUCCCUGCAGCGGCAGAUGAUGGAGAACCUGGUGAUCGCCAAGGCGCGGGAGGAGACCCUGCAGCGGAAAAUGGAGGAGCGGCGGCUGCGGCUGCAGGAGGCGGCCAACAGGAGGUUCUCCAGCAGCGUGGCCCUCACCCCCGAGGAGCAGGAGCAGAGAGCGCUGUACGCUGCCAUCCUGGAGUACGAGCAGGACCAUGACUGGCCGCGGCAGUGGAAGGCCAGGCUGAAGAGGAGCCCAGCAGACCUGUCCCUGGUGACGGGGCUCUUCUCCUGCCUCCUCAGCUUCCCCGAGCACCCCAUUGCCCAGCUCCUGCGCAAGCUGCAGUGCGCGGUGUACACGCGGCUGUACCCGGCUGUGAGCCAGAGCAGCCCCGAGGCUGCCCCCACAGCCCCCGCCAGCCUCUCCUUCCUCUCUCUGGACUGCGGGGGGGUUGCUGCCUGCAGAGCCGGGGGGCCGGCGGCUCCGAGCCUCAGCGCAGCCUGCACUGCAUGUUCUCGGUGCCCGAGCACGGCCCAGCCGAGCUGCGGCACAGCCUCUCCAGCGCGCCCCUCGCCGACGGCAGCCCCGACGCCCCCGGGACUGGAGGGGGACCCCCAGGCCCCCCGGGAGAGCUCCUUCGAGGACCUGGAGCGGUUCCUGGCCUCACCCGAGGACUGGCCCUUGGGGGAGCCCCCCGGGCAGGCAGCGUCGCUGCAGGAGCAGCUGAAGGGUGUGGUGAGGGACAUCCACAACGCCAUCGACAGGCUGCUGUCCCUGACCCUGCUGGCCUUCGAGGGGCUGAACACCGCCGCCGGCAAGGACCAGUGCCUGGCCUGCAUCGAGGAAGCCUUCUUCCCCCAGCUCUGGGCCCCACUGCUGGCCCUCUACAGCCCCCCGUUGUCUGCCCGCAGGAGCGUGCACCGGCCCCGCGAGGCGGCCCUGGCCCGCAGCAUGGAGCGGCACCGCAACGCCAGCCCCGCCGAGCUGGGGCUGCCCUCCCGGCUCUUCCCCGCCGCCCCUGGCUCGUCCCCCGCCUACGGCGCCGCCGUGGAGGACCUGCGCCUCAUCCCGCUGGAGACGUGUCCCCGCAGGAAGCUGGACUGCAUCGUGCGAGCCCUGCGCAGCAUCUGCGAGUGCGCCGAGGAGUACUGCAGCGCCCGCAACAGCCGCGCCCCCAGCCGCCGGCACCAUCGGUGCGGACGACCUGCUGCCCCUCGUGUCGUUCGCGGCGUUGCGCAGCGGGCUGCCCCAGCUGCUCCCCGAGUGCGCGGCGCUGGAGGAAUUCAUCCACGAGGGGUGCCUGCUGGGCGAGGAGGGGUACUGCCUGACCUCCCUGCGGAGCGCACUGGCUUACCUGGAGACCCUGCCCUGAGCCGCCCCCCCAGGACCCCCAGGGACCCCCCCGGAUGUGCGCGGGCCCGGCGGUGCGGCAGGAGUACCGGCGGAGCCUGGAGCGGGGCCGUGCGGGCGCCUGCCCCGACCCCUCGUUCACCGAGAGGCUGCGGCAGCGGCUGCGGGCGGAGCCGGGGCUGCUGCGGGCCCUGCAGGACGACGCCGAAGCCCUCCUGGCCCGGGGGCUGCGGGGCCGCCGCGAGCUGGAGCCGGCGCUGCGGGGCCUGGCAGGCCGCCUUCGAGCUGCUGGAGCGGGCGGCCCUCAACCUCUACCUCUUCCCCUGGCGCAAGGAGUUCGGCACCGUGCAGACCUUCUCGGGGGCCUACGUGCACUCGCUGCGGGCGGCGCUGCCCGAAGCUGAUCUCCUGCGGAGUUUUGGGCGCCUGGGCUACGCACGACGGGACGAGCACCGCCUGGCCGUGUGCCGCCGGCCCCCGGGCACUGAGCUGGCCGCUGCCGCCUGCGGCUUCUUCGCCUGCCGGCUGGAGUGUGAGAUCCUGGCCGAGGUGCUGCAGCGGCUGCGGCCCCGCCGGGUGCGUGCCGAGGAGCUGCUGAAGGCCCGCGGCCUCGCCCGCGACGUGGAGGCCUGCGUGGAGAUGCUGCGGGAGCUGGCGGCGGGAGGAGGCGAGGUGGCGGCCGCCUGCGAUGACGAUGACGACAUGGAUCUGUACCAGGAGAUGCCGGAGAACCCCGGGGACGGCGGGGAGCAGGAGCUCAGCCCCCCAGCGCCAAGCUCCAGGCUGUGGAGGGACCCCGCGGGGCUGCAGGAGGCCCAGGACGUGCUCGGGAGGAGCUGGGACCUCUGUGAACACAGCGAUCUCAGGCGGGAGCUGCUCCCCACCAUCCCCAAGCCGGACGCUUCCUCCUCCUCCUCCUCCUCCUCUUGCUUUUUCCUGGAGCAGGAGCUCAGGGGGGCCGGCGGCAGCCCCCAGAUGCUCCCCCCAACCUGGCUGCCCCCUGGGGAGCCCCCACCCGGCAGCCAGGCCGAGGCUGUGCCCCUCGGCGCCCCGCAGGAAGCGCCCGAGCUGCCCUGCUACCAGCUGCACUCGUGCCUGCAGCAGGGCACGCUGCCCUCCUACUGCUGCACCACCUGCCAGCAGCUGCACGCCGGCACCUGCGCCGCCGGCCGGGCCUGCCGCAGCCAGCACCGGGGCCAGGAGCUGCGCGGCGAGAGGCAGCAGCGCCUCUGGCUGCAGAGGACAGAGGUGGACAUGCUGCUGGCCGACAGCUCCAGCCCCCGGCCCUAGGAGGGCAACGCCAGGGGUGCUGCUGGUUGCCGAGCUCCUGGACGUGGUGGGGUGGUCUGAGGAGGGUGGGCACAACGGGCCCCUGCUCCAGCUGCUGCUGUAAAUGGCUCCGUGCGUCCCAGUAAAACGUGGCUGCCUCGCGG